AUGUCAUCGACCGGAGCAGCAGUGACAAGGAGCAAGGAUGGAGUGCCUCAAUGGUCGGGCGAAGCAUCUUCGUUCACCGAGUAUGAGGAGCAGUGUCUGUUGUACGAGCAGAGUGUACCGUACCAUAAACGGUACAUGGUUGGUCCCCGACUUAUCGGGGAGCUCCAGGGGCCAGCAAAGAGGUUGGUUCUGGGAAAACGCCCAGAUUGGGUCAGCUAUGCCGGGGGGGUGACCGAGCUGCUGAACACUCUGCGUGCGAGCCUGGGACCGCCACAGGUUUCGGAGUUGGCCGACUACUUGACGAAGUACUUCAGACAGACAAGGAGGAAGGCACAUGAGACUAUGUCAGACUACAUCACCAGGAAGUGCGAGGUGUACCUGAGGGCUCAACAAGCCCUCCGACGAGUGAUGCCCCAGCAUGUCAAGGUGAGCCAGUCUGGUGGCGCCGCCUGGGGAGCCCCAGGCGACACAUGGAGCCGACGGGUCAGUGUGGACUCAGGCACCAGCCAAUCUGCGAGCAGAUCGGCGGCACCCGUGGCGGAGAAUGACGAGGAGGACGAACCGAGAGCAAAUGAAGACGAACAGUCGGAAGCCAGAGAUGAGUGGUCAUCAUGGAGCUGGCACGGCUGGGGUGGCGGAUGGUCAUGGUCAGGCUAUGGCUGGGGCUCCGAGCGCUCCUGGCAGCCCAGCCACCAAUGGGGUGCCAGUUCCACCACCGGAAGUGGACGAGAGGCCACCACGACCACCGUUGCCGAGAUCCUCCCGGACUUCAUCCAAGGAUGGUUUCUUCUGUUUGACAGUGGGCUCAGCUCGACAGAAAGGAACAUGAUUCACACCGCGGUGCACGGCAACUACGCACUUCAGAACAUUGCCCGAGAGUUGCGGGCACAGUGGGAUGAACACAAUCUACGCCAACGAGAUGGACACCGAGUUCAGGCGGGCUACCUCGGGGAGAUUGACUACGACGAUGAGGACGAAACGGAAGUGGACUUCCAGGCGGGCUACCAAGUGGAGGACUUGACCGAGGAGGGGCAGGCGUUGGUGGCUGAGGCAGAGGCCUCAGCCCAAGAGGCUCUGGCCACCAUGCAGCAUGCGAAGAGGACAUUGAAGGAAGCGCGUGCCAAACAGCAUCAGAUCAAGCUGUCCAGGCAAUACUUCAAGCCGUCCAGUGGCAACUUUCGUCCCGGUGGAGCCCGGUCCUCGACAUCGUCUACACCAGGAGCCCGAACUUGGACCCCCAAUGAUGCCAACAUGCAGUGCUUGAAGUGCGGGAAGAUUGGACACAGGGCAGCGAACUGCCCACAGCCCACCAAUCAAGCACAACAUGCCGAAGACCAGGUGGAAGCCGCCCCCUUCAUCUGCUACACCGAGGAUCGCGAGGAGCCGGUGGAGUUCGCCCUCUCGGCCCAGAAUGUGACUGCCGAGGACCCGCCCACCACCUAUGAGGCCAUGCGGCGUGGUUGGUGCGUCGUAGAUGGCGGAGCAACCAAAACACUAGGAAGUGUGCAGGCAGUACAAAGUGUCUUGGAUUGCAAUCGCGCAGGUGGAGGCCCAACCCGGUUGUUGGGCGUCGACACCAGUCGGCAGCCCGUCUUCUCAUUCGGGAAUUCCUCGGAGAACAGAUGCGUCUCCACGGUGGAGAUCGGCGUGAAGGCCGGGGACAAGGAUGGGAAGUUGACGGUCCACGCGCUGGACCAAGGAUCGGGGCCAAUUCUUCUGAGUGUGGCAUCGCUGAGGGCUCUAGGAGCCAUCAUAGAUUUUUCAAACGAUUUGAUUGUCUUUCGUGCCAUAGACCCUUGUCGUGUGAUCAAGGCUCAUCGCUCCCAGAGCGGUCAUCAGUUGCUCCCUCUGAGCGGAGACAUGUACGAGCAGUCGGAGGUGGCCAAGUGCGCCAUUCCGGCUCUUCUUCGGGAGAAGGGCGAGGAGCCACCACAGCGGUGGACCAAGCUAGAGCUACGCCAGCGCUUGAUCGAGAUGGACCCCAAGCUGGCCGAGGCGGCCAACAAGAAGCAGGAAACCGAACUGCAGCAGUGGGUACACAAGAUCAACAAAGCCAGCGCCAGGAAGAGCAACCUGGUGAGCCUGUGCGAGACCGAGAUGGAGAUUCCGGUCAAGGGAACCGAGACCGUGGCGCAACUGGAGACGCUGGCAAUGAAGCAGGCAUAUCGCCUCUCCACACCAGCCGGUGCGGAUGUUGUCGGGUUCGGGAAGUUUGCCGCCCUGGAGUACCGCGACAUCAACAAUCACCAGCCGGGGUACCGCGAGUGGAUCCUCAAGACGGCAAAGGAAAGCCACGAGUGCGAUUUCAGGCUGAGGCGACUGGCCACGUGGUUGGAGGCGAAUCCCCCACUGCCGAAGGACAAGAGUGUGGAGGAGCUCUUUGUGGAGGGCGAGCCGAACAGAGCUCGCGCCAUGCCGAGUUCAAUGAUGUCCUCGGCGUCUUCGGUGAGCUCAACGACUUCGACCGAGAAGGGCCAGAUCAUGCAGGUGCUCCAGCAGUUGGCCGGGGCAGUGCAACACCUUCAAGAGGAGAUGACCGAGAUGAAGGAGGAUCGCCCCCGUCGCAAGGAGAGCCGCAAACCGGGGUCCGAGGCAACGUCCGAUGGCUACCAGAAGGCGGCCCCUGAGAUCUAUGAGGCCCAAGGAGUUCAAUUGAGCUCUGGGAGGGCCAGUCAGUUAGAGAAUGCGUCGUGGGAUAUAGUUCCGAGUUUGUUUCAGGCUUUGGUGAGCUAUGAUAGGCCGUUGUUGUUUGAGUUGGGUUGUGAUUCGGAUAGCCUACUUACCACGGCUGUACAGGAUCAGACUGGUUGUUCAGAGGCCGCCCGACGUUUCUCCACAUGGAACGGGGCUGACCUUGGUUCCUCUGAGGGGAUCAAGUACAUUUUAGGACUCAUCGGGACGGAGCGCCCGAGCGUGGUCUGGAUGGCCACACCUUGUGGACCCUUUUCUCCAUGGCAACAUGCGAACUGUCGCACGACCGAGCAAAGAGAGGAGCUACAGCAGAAGCGCAAGCAAGUUCAGAAGGUGUACGUUGGUGCCAGUGUAGUGUACUCGUACUGCAUGCAGUUAGGCAUACAUUGUGUGUGGGAGAUGUCUGAGAAAUCCGACGCUUGGAGAUUGCCCAUCCUUCAAAGACUGCAACGGAAGUUUCAGCCACAUGUCGCCGUGACCCAUGGUUGUCAAGUUGACUUACGUGGUAGGAAGGAUGGUCGGCUUAGUAAGAAGGGUUGGCGCAUUGUGACCUCUCAUGCUAGGCUUGCCGAGCGUAUGCAAAGAACCUGCAAGUGUGUAAAGGCCUACCAACAUGCGAAAUGCGAAGGUGAGGAUACCAGUGGGAGUGCGAGGUACACGAAACAGUAUGCACAAUUGGCUGCGCAGAGUUUGGUGUUGGAACUUAACCAUGUGACAGUUCAUCAAGAAUGUCAGGGCCAAAGUCAACUGCCCGACUCCUUUGGAGAAGGGCUCACGUGCCAGUGCGAAGGGAUGACGGGGGAUGAAAGGGUUCCUUGUGGGUGGUGUCUUCAGGGUUCUCCUUCGGAUAGGCAGGCUUCAGGGUUUCAGGGCAACCCUAAACCGGAGGCACCCCAGGAAGACCCCCAGGUCUUUGAACCCGAAACCCUAGAAACAUGGUACGCAACCGAAGCGAUCCGCAACGUGGAGGACCGGGCCACCAGGCUUCUUAAGGACAAAGAUUUCAGCAAAGGGGCUUGCGAAGAGUUGUUGAAGCAGCUUGAGUGGAAGGCUCGGGUCAGCCGGGCUGGGAAGUUUGGAGGCGAGAAGGUUCAGUAUCAUGUUUUCGGGGCCUAUGCAAGAGGUGCGAGCUAUGGGGUAAGUCGAAAUACUGAGCAGUUCCCCAAACUCCUUCAGUACCUGAACCACUACAUAGGUACGCGAGUGAGCAAACCUAGGAAGUGGACUUCGUUGGUUGUCAGUUUCGAUAACAGGAUGCCUUUGCAUAGAGACGUGAACAAUCAAGCUACACAACCAAACCUGGUGCUGGGACUGGGUACUUACAGCCGAGGAGGGCUGUGGGUACAAGAGACCGUCCAGGCGAAGGAAAUGGGACUUGUCCCAGACAGCUCAGGGCCACUCACCUCUAAGGUCACGCCGCAUGGAGAGACCAUUUGGGGUCGCAGCUACGAGACCAGGGAUCAUGUCGUAGAGUUUCCUCCGAAAGCGUGGCAUGAGACAGAAGAGUGGAGUGGAGAGAGAAUCGUGUUGUCGGCGUACUCCAGUAGAAGUUUGUCACAUUUGGACCAAGAUGAACUCCAGGUGUUGCGACGAAGUGGUUUUCCUCUUCCUCCCCGACCCCAAGGUAGUGUAGGAGAGGUCUAUGCGGUAGGUGACAGAGGGAGAAGUAGCAAUCCCAAACAGGAAACCGAACGAUUGAAGCGACAACUUUACCUCCUCCAUGCCGCCACUGGACAUUGCUCAACCCAACAUUUGGUGUCGGCACUCAAACGUCGGAACGCCAGCCCAGAAGUGAUAAAACUUGCUGAGGAGUUCAAGUGUUCCAUCUGCGAGGAACGAAAGAAGGUGAUGCCUCGCCAUGUGGCAUCGUUGGAGCCUCUUCCCCCAAAGUACCACACUAUCGUUGCGGAUGUAGGACACUGGUACCACCCCAAAGGUAAGGAACACUGUCAGUUUAUGGUGAUCAUCGAUGAGGGCUCCAGAUUCCGGGUAGCGAAGAUACUCUCGAAAGGACCCAAACAGCAACCGUCAGGUGCAACGUGCGUUCAGUUUCUCCGUGAAGGAUGGGCCCAGAUAUUCGGAAAUCCUAGGACCCUUAGGUUGGACCCCGCAGGCAACUUCAGGAGUCAAGCGGUCAGUGACUACUGUAACAGACAUGACGUGUUUUUGGAUUUGGUUCCAGGGGAGGCUCAUUGGAAAGUGGGGGUUGUGGAACAGGCCGUUCAGGGAUUGAAGAUGGUUAUGGACAAGUUGUACAUGUCAGACGAGGACAUUAGUGCUGAGGAAGCUCUGGCGACGGCAGUGCGUGUGUUCAAUCAGAGGGAUUUGGUUCGGGGUUUUGCGCCGGCGCAACACGUGUUAGGACAAACCCCCGAUGAAACCGGUAGGAUAGAAGUGGCGACUCCUGCCCUCCCUCCGGAACUUCUGAUUGAGAACCCCAACACUGAGUUCAGGCAAUCCGUUGAACGACGUGCACAAGCCGAAAAGGCCCAUGCCGAAUGGAACGCCCAACAGAGGUUGAACCGAGCACAGAACUCCCGAACUCGGCCCGUGUUUGAUUAUCAACCAGGAGAACUUGUUUACUACUGGCGUCAACAAGAUGCCUCUAGGCACAGGGAGGGCCCCAAUUCCAAAAAGGGGCAAUUCAUGGGACCGGCUAGGAUAUUGGCUAUGGAAACCAAGCGAGAACCUGAUGGGACGUUGAAGCCAGGAUCGUCGGUGUGGUGCGUUCGUGGUAGGCAACUGAUUAAGUGUUGCGUGGAACAACUGCGUAGAGCCUCACAACGUGAGGAACUCGUGGAGAGCCUUGCGGAACAGGACCGCACGCCUUGGACCUACUCCAAGGUUGCUGAACAAAUCGGCGGUAACCAAUACGAGGACCUCACGCGACACCAGCCGUCAGUUCCGGAGUGGUGGCGUGCCCAGGACCCUGCUGAGGAGACCCAGCCGGUUCGGACUAGGUUUCGAGGUAAGAGGGCUGCCGUGACCAGCCCAGUUCAGGAUUCAGAUGAGGAGUUGAUUCCUGAUGCCGGUAGGGAACCCGCGAGUAGCUCCCGAAGUCGGCCGAGAACCCAUCCGCCAGGACAAGCAUCCUUUCAGGAGACCCUGACAGGAACGCGAUGGUGGGAAGAAGUACGAGAGGACGCAUGGUUCAGCACAGAACCGGCCUACUGGUGUGAUCAGAGUGCGUGUGUUGAAGUUGAAGUUGAGAUGCCUAGUACCGAUAGAGCGUGGAAGCAAGCUACAAACAAUUUGCAGUGCUACAUGGUUGGGGCUUUCAAACGUAGAGCGGUUGAAGUGCGAGAGAAACAUCUGAACGAAGAAGAGAAAGCCAUGUUCAGAGAAGCAAAAGCAGUGGAGGUUCGCAACUUUAUUGCUGCUCAGGCAUUCGAGGUAUUGCCGGAACAUUUGAAACCCAGCUAUCAGCAGGCGAUAGGCAUGCGAUGGAUAUUGACGUGGAAGCAGAAGGAAGACGGCUCACGGAAGGCAAAGGCUAGAGCCGUAUUGCUUGGCUAUCAAGACCCGUCAUAUGAACAUCGUGCUACCACGGCUCCUGUUAUGACCAAACAGUCACGACAACUUCUCUUGCAACAGGCUGCGCGACGACAAUGGACUGUCUAUAAGGGCGACGUUUCGGGAGCUUUCCUGCAAGGGAGAGAGUACCCAGAUGUUCUACACUGUGUACCAUGCGAUGAAAUCUGUGACCAGAUGAAAGUUCCACGCGGCAGUAUUACGAGGCUCAAGCGAGCCUGUUACGGCUUGGUGGACGCGCCUCUGGAGUGGUAUCGAUCAGUAUCUCAGUUCUUGGAAAGCCUGGGAUUGGAACGAUCCUGGAGUGACGCUUGUACUUGGAUAUGGAGAGAUCAAGGAGAACUCCGAGGCAUUAUUUCGGGUCACGUAGAUGACUUCUUAUUUGCAGGAAGUACCUCGGACCCCAAGUGGCAGGCCAUCCUUAAGAAGAUCCAAGAGCGUUUCAAAUGGGGUGAUUGGGAAAAGGACAACUUUGUCCAAUGCGGGGUCAAGGUUGAGAGGGUUGAGGAAGGGUUCAGGUUGAGUCAGCCGCAGUUUGUGGAGGGUCUUCAAGAGAUUAACCUGAAUGCCACACGUCGGAAGGAGCGGGAUCAACCGACGAGCGACAAAGAAAAGGGACAGAUGAGAGCACUGUUAGGUAGUCUGAGUUGGUUGGCGCAACAAACCGCGCCACACCUGUCAGCCUCAGUGGGAUUGCUGUUGUCUGAGAUUGCGCGAAGCACAGUGGACACGGUGAUACGUUGUAACCUUCUGCUGAGACAAGUGAAACAAAGGAAGCAACACCACAUGCUGAUACAUGCCAUUCCCAUGGAUGAACCUGUGAUGAUGUAUGCUUGGGUUGACGCGGCUUCAGGCAACAGGACUGAUGGUGGAAGUACUCAGGGGAUUUUCAUAGGUUUGGGUCCUCAGGCUAUGCUAUCAGGAGCUGUCGGGAAAGUAACCCCGGUGGCUUGGCACUCGUCCCGAGUGGACCGAGUGUGCAGAUCACCCGGUGCGGCAGAGGCUUUGGCAGCAGUCAAUGGCGAGGACGCACUUUACUACGCCAGAUUUCAGUGGUCAGAAAUGGAGUUUGGGAUUGAGAAUGUUCGGGAUGCUCAAGCUGCUGUGAGAAAGGUUCCGGGGUGUUUGGUUACUGAUUCUAGGAAUGUUUAUGACAAGGUGAAUCAGGAGGUUCUUGUAGUGAAGGGCGCGGAGAAGCGAACAGAUCUGGAAUUGCUCGGGCUCAAAGAGGCGCAAGCUGCUACAAGUUUAGUCAUUAGAUGGGUCCAUUCAGAGGCUCAGUUGGCUAAUAGCUUAACGAAGCAUGGCAACUGCCCCGAGAUCGAGCUGUACUACCAGAUGCAACAUCAAUGGCGUAUCGUAGAAGACGAACAGAUGAGAUCCGCUCGACGCAGGAAGCAAGAGGGCAUAGCUCCACUUGCUGGGUGUAACGAAGAGAAGAAUUCCUGA